AUGGACAAAGAUUGCGACAUGGUAUAUAAGAAUGUUUCUGACAUAUAUAAAUCUGAAGAAUUUAAGACCUACGACAACUUUGUUUCGUUAGUUGCAGAAUGUGUUUGGGAAAUAAGAGAUAAAGAUAGAAGAGGCAAAGUAUGGAACAAACAAAUAAGACCCGCUAUGUUUGAGAUGAAGAGAGCAAUUGACGCUUUAGUUGUUUUAGCUGGUUUUAUUUCAAUGUAUAACGCAAAAAUGAACCCGCAAUGUUCUAAAUGUAAAGCAGCAAUGAGGAGAUAUAACUACUCCGUCAAAGAGAUAGAACGUAUGAGAAACGACUAUGCAGAUUUAAAGAAAGAAGCAGAAAAACCAGCAGAAAAUAAAAUGGACAUGUUAGAAUUUCUGAACAAAAACUAUCCAACUGCUGACGAUUUCCUUCUAUCUGACGUCAAGAAGAAAUAUAAAGAAACCUUCGGCAUAGUUAAAACAUUCGAUGUACUAAAAGAAGAAAUAGAAGCUACAAAACUGUUUAGGAUUUCAAAUAUACAUCGUACAAUUCAUGUAAAACGCUUGUGA